GCGGCUGUCCUCACCGUGCGUGCCUGGGACGAACUGCUGACCACAGCAGUGGCGGCGCAGCAACGCGGCGACCCGCUGCCACUCAUGGACUCUGCGCUCAAGUUACUGGAGGCAGCACCCACUGCUGAGGCGCUUCCAUUGUUACUGGACGAUCGCCUCGCGCCCUUCACGGCACUGCCCUCCGCCCUGGCAGCCUCUGCGGCCGCGUCCCGCGUGGCAACGGCUUCCGUCGUGGCAACGGCUUCGACGGCGGAGCGCUUGCAGCAGCGAGCGUUGAACGGGGAGACUGGCUUGGUGCAGGCUGCAGCCGAGUUGCUUGAGGCCGUGACAUGUCUCGUUCUCAGUAUCCCAAUCCCGCUUUCAGACGAAGCUUUCUACGGACACGACACGGUUUCUACAAAACACGCACUGGAAACUACUCAUUUUCCGAGGUACAUUGAAACUCCAGGUAGAUGUUCCUACUAUGUAUUUUGA